GGACUACUUUUCCAGGCGGAUUGAUCUCGACGGAUGACGCAGGGACAGAAUAUAAAGUUGCUGAGGCAGGCUGUCCGGCAUUAUCCUCGGCAUUCGCAGAGUAUUCGGCUUGUCUUUGAAGAAUUCCGCGGUUCACAGCCACCAGUUUAAGCUGAAAUCAUGCAGAUUUUUGUCAAGACCCUCACUGGCAAGACCAUCACCCUUGAGGUUGAGCCCAGUGACACCAUUGAGAACGUGAAGGCCAAGAUCCAAGACAAGGAAGGCAUUCCCCCUGACCAGCAGAGGCUGAUCUUUGCUGGCAAGCAGCUUGAAGAUGGCCGCACCCUUUCCGACUACAACAUCCAGAAAGAAUCCACCCUCCAUCUUGUCCUGCGCCUGAGGGGUGGCCAGUAAAGUUGUACUAAGAUGUUUCAUUGCACAACUGACCAAAUGAUUAUUGAUUCAACCCAAUAAAAAGUUUUAAAUGCCAAAA